AUGGCUGCCAUUGCACAAGGGCACAAGGUCCAUCCAGACGGUCGGACGUGGAAGAGUCAUUUUCCUAAGGGUGAUCUCUGGGUAUUUGGUUAUGGGAGUUUGAUUUGGAAACCGCCUCCACAUUAUGACCAGCGCGUACCGGGCUAUAUUAGUGGCUACGUACGGCGUUUCUGGCAGGCCAGUACCGAUCACCGCGGCACCCCCGAGCAACCAGGUCGAGUAGUCACCGUAAUUGAGCGAACCUUCUGGGAGACUCUGGACGACCCGCUCGCUCACCUAGAAUCCGAAUUAUCCUCCACAGGCAAAGUCUGGGGCGCUGCAUACCACAUCCCAGCAUCCCACGCCGAAGAAGUCCACGACUACCUCGACGAGCGGGAGAUUGACGGGUACAGCGCGCACUACACGCCCUUCCACCCGACAGUUGAUGUCUCAGGAGCUAGCGACUCGACUGGGUCCUCUCCAAUCAUCUGCAUGGUCUACAUCGGCCAGCCGACUAACCCGCAGUUCCUGCGUGACGCAGCUCAUCGCGAGCCGCAGCAUGUGGCGCAGGUUAUUAGUGCUGGGCAUGGGUUGAGUGGGAAGGGUUCUGAGUAUUUGUUCAUGCUGGAGAAGGGUCUUGAGGGUCUUGGGCUUGGGACAGCGGAUGUUCAUGUCACGGAUUUGGUUAAGAGGGUUAAGGCUAUUGAGGCUGAGCUUGCGGAGGCGGAGGAGGAGGAGGCUGAACUUAAGGUUACUAGGUCUUUGGAGGUCCCGGCUGAAGAGGUUGAUCGUGAUGGCCGUGAGACGAUUGAAUGA